CCAUAUAUUAAUUGAAGAAGAACUUUGCUGUUUCGCGGUCUCGCGAGAACGACUGUAGUUGAAUUUGAAAACAGGCGCCAGUUUAGAAAAGUGGCGGAAAGAUGACUGCAGACAGUGAACAAAACAUUAAAGAGACUUUUGAGCGCGCUCAGAAGAGUCACACUAAUAAAUCAAAGCUGGUGGCAAACCUGAAACAACGUUACAACAAACUUGAGGAUAAGACACUGUUCCAUGAAGAGUUCAUCCACUACCUGAAAUAUGCCAUGAUUGUGUACAAGCGUGAGCCUGCUGUUGAAAAUGUCAUCGAGUUUGUGGCAAAGUUUGCCACAAGUUUCCAGCCUCAACCUAAACCUGAAGAUGAGCAGCAGCAGGAGGAAGAGGAUGAUGACGACGCUGAAGAUGAUCACCCAUUUCUGAGUUUCAUUUUCAACUUCCUCUUGGAGUCUUAUAAAGCUAACAGCCAUGCAGUGCGGUUCAGAGUGUGCCAGCUGAUCAAUAAGUUACUGGGCAGCAUGGCGGAGAAUGCCCAGAUUGAUGAUGACCUCUUUGAUAGCAUCCACCAGGCCAUGCUGAUCCGUAUCACUGACAAGUUCUCCAAUGUGAGGAUUCAGGCCGCUUUGGCUAUGACCCGACUUCAGCAGCCACAAGAUCCUGACUGCCCCACCAUUAAUGCUUAUAUGCAAAUUCUGGAAAAUGACUCCAAUGCUGAGGUGCGGCGUGCUGUACUGUCUUGCAUUGCAAUGUCCCCUCGGACCCUCCCCAGAGUGCUGAAACGGACUCGGGACAUUAAAGAGAAUGUCCGUAAACUAGCCUACGAGGUUCUGGCAGAUAAAGUGCAUAUUAAAGCUUUGACGAUUGCACAGAGAGUUAGUCUCCUGCAGCAGGGUCUCCAUGACCCCUCAGAAGUGGUGAGGGAGGUGGUUUGUUCUCGUUUGCUGCCAGCCUGGCUGCUUCGGCUAGAUGGAAACGUUAUCGAGCUGCUUCACAGGCUGGAUGUAGAGAACUGUGCCCAAACAGCUCUGGACACACUUAAAGCCAUCUUCAAUAUAACACCUACUGAAGAACUGCUGCAGAACAAAAUGCAGCUUGACAACAGGAAGGUGAUCCCAGAGGACUUUCUGUCCUGUGAAAAUGUUCUCUACUGGAGAGCUCUGAGUGAAUUCUUCAGGAGUAAAGGAGAUGAAGGUGAUGAAAUGCUGGAGCAAGUGUUACCAGAUGCUGCCACUUUUGCCAACUAUCUUUAUGGAUAUCUGAAGGCGCUGCCCAUGUUGUCAGAAGAGCAGAGAGCCGACUUCACCCAGCUGGAGCUCUCCAUGACCAAAGAGUUCAUCUCCCAGCAGCUUGUCCACCUCAUUGGCUGUCUGGACACUAAGGAGGAAGGUGGACGAAAACGUGUACUAGCUGUACUGCAGGAACUGUUGGCUCUGUCACAGACGCCAUCCUCCCUCGUCUCCAUGCUCACUGAGAAGCUGCUCACCCUCAUCCCUGAUGACAACAGACGCAUACAGACUAUGGCAGAGAUCAUUUCAGAUGUGCGUGAGCCAAUCAUGGAAGAGUCUAAGCCUAUGGAUGAGAAGGAGAGCCGUCGGCAGCAGGUCCAGCUUGCAGAGGUAAAGGUGCGAAUCAUGGAGGCAAAACAAGCUCUGGAGGACUGUAUUACAGGUCAGGAGUUCAGCCGUGCAGCAGAACUGAAGGACUCCAUCACCGAGCUGGAAAACCAGAGGAACCAGUUCAUCCAAGACAUCGCAGUGAGCAGUCAGCCAGCCGACAAGGAAGCCCGCACCGAGAAGAAUGACCCAGAGACUCUUCUGAGGUGUCUCACCAUGUGCACUGAACUGCUGAAGCAGAUGAACAUCAAGACUCCUCUUGGUCCAACCGUGAGCGCCUUAAUGACGUCACUGGUCUUGCCCUGUGUAGCAAAUGCUCAUCCUGCAGUCCGCAACCUGGCUGUUGUGUGUCUUGGAACGUGCACACUGCACAGCAGAGAACUCGCCAAAACACACCUGGUCCUGUUGCUACAGAUUGCCCAGUUGGACGAGCUAAAGAUCCGAAUCAGUUCCCUGCGAGCCAUCAUCGACCUGCUGCUGGUGUUUGGUUUCCAGCUGGUCACUGACAUAUCUGCCCCUCAGGUGACUCCACCUUCCCAAUCGCCAGGCAGACAGGAAGAGGAAGUGCCACUGGCUGAGGAAAAGGGCGACGCACCAGAGGACACAACACAGAGCGUACUUGUGAUGCUGUCUGACUUCCUGGACAGUGAGGUGUCUGACCUGCGUACGGAGACAGCUGAGGGCCUUGCUAAGCUAAUGUACACAGGUCGACUCUCCAGUGCCAAAAUCUUCUCCCGUUUGGUGUUGCUGUGGUACAACCCACUCACUGAGGACGACACACGACUGCGUCACUGCCUCGGCGUCUUCUUCCAACUCUACGCACGCAAGAGCAGAGCCCACCAGGAAGUUGUGGAGGAGUGUUUCCUGCCGACUGUGCGGACGCUGAUGAACGCACCGGCCACCUCCCCGCUCGCCGAGGUGGACAUCAACAAUGUGCUGGAGCUGCUGGUUGAACUGACACGACCCAGUGUGCUCAUUAAACCGUCAACAAACACAGAGGAGGUGUGUGUCCAUGAUUACCUGGCAGUGCGUAUGUGUGGUGAGAUGCUGAAGGACCCGACGGCGCCUGAGGUGCGUUUCUAUGCCAAGAUGCUAAGCAACCUGGAGCUCAGCAGAGAUGAGAUGGUCAGGAAGGAUUUACAGACGCUGCUGCAGGAGCUGAUCCAGGUGGUGAAGGGUCGCGCGUGUCUCCGUGCCCUAGAGAAGGUGGUUUGUCAGCUUGUGGAUUCUAAAGAACAGCCGGAGGACCUCGCUGGCAGCACCCUGCAGCCACCAGGCGCCAACGCGGAUGAGGUAACAGAAGUUCCGCCCAAGUCUGCGAGGAGAACCAAAAGAGAUCAGACAAAAGAGGGCACAGCUAAAAGCAGCAGGAAGCCAAGCAGGAGGAUGGAGUCAUCUGAAGAGAGUGAUGGAGAGAACGUUCCAAAUUCUGUUCCUGUGGUUCGUCCACCACGGAGGGCAAAGACUGCGUGUCUGGAGAAGACCAAGCUGGAUCUCAAUCCCCUCAUCGACCAGGAGGCUAACAUCUCGUAGCACUCCAGCGAA